AUGAAAGAGAUCGACACCCCCAACGUCACCCUAGGCAGCCUAGUCGUCCGUGUCCUCACCGUACACUGCGGACUCGACAUCCCCUUCACACUCUCGAGCCAAAGCCCGUUCACCUGGCUCGCGCCAUUCAUUCCUGGCGGCGAGGUCGUCGGCCGUGUGCACGCUACAGGACCCGACACCACUUCCCUCUCCAUUGGCCAACUCGUGCUUGUAGACUCCUCUGUUUGCGCCACUACGACCCGGACGUUCAGCUGCUUUGGGACAUGUCUGACGGGCCCUCGCCAUCCUCCAAGAAGUUCAUGGCCGACAACCGGCCGACUGCUGGCUUCGCCGAAUAUGCGCAGGGUGCCACUCGAGAAUGCGUGCGCGCUUCACGAAGACGUGCUGUGCCGUCAGAUGGGACAUUCGAUUCUGGGGCUGGUCUAUCAGCUUGUGCAGCUCAUCACAUACGGAGGCAUGCGCGGCCUAUGUUUACACGCCGGUGAGACAAUCAUUGUGGCACUCGCGACAGGCGCACGCUCUGGAGCAGGCGUGGGUGUGGCAUUGGCGAUGGGCGCCAAAGUCGUUACUACGGGCCGAAAUGAGGAGGCACUGUGGAAGCUGCAGGCAAGGUUUCCUGGGGGCAGGGUGGGUGUGCGUGGCGCCCAUGGUGGGUGA